AUAAUAUCAAUAGCCUUGAGUAAAGAAAACCCUUACCAACUUCUUCAUCACCAAGCCAACCUCCAUGUUCUAGUCACUCCACAGAUUCCUUACUCAGUUUACAAUCAAUUUGUUCAAGGUCUUGUGCAUAUACACACACGUGGUUUUUUUGUGUGUGUGAAUUGUAAAAGUGGAUCGAAGAUAUGGAAAGGGAUUGGUUCCACCGGAAACGUCGGCAGCGAGGGAGAACCCUUCUUGGAACGAGUCAGAUGUCACCGCCAUGAUCUCCUCUCUAAGUCGUGCCAUCGAGUAUCCUGCAGCCGACGGACACGACCAGGUCAAACAAGAGCUUGAAAAAUCGGAUCAACUACAACAAGACCAAGAUCAACCAAGAAAAAGACACUAUAGAGGUGUAAGGCAGCGACCAUGGGGCAAAUGGGCGGCCGAGAUCCGUGACCCGAAGAAAGCAGCACGUGUCUGGCUCGGGACUUUCGAGACAGCAGAAGACGCCGCUUUAGCCUACGACCGAGCAGCCCUCAAAUUCAAAGGCACCAAGGCUAAACUAAACUUCCCUGAACGAGUCCAAGGCCCAUCAACCACAAGCUAUGUUGCAUCUCAAUCCACCACUGAUCAUGCCCCUAGAGGAGGUAGUGAACUAAUGAACUCGCCUCCUCCUCAGCUUGGUCCAUCUAGUACUACUUCGUGGCCAACGAAUUAUAACCAGGACAUACUUCAGUAUGCUCAGUUGCUUACGAGUAACAAUGACGAUGCUUUAUCAUACUACACGUCGAGUCUCUUCAGUCAGCAGCAGCAGCAGCAGCAGCCAUUCUCGACGCCCUCUUCGUCUUCUUCAUCGUUAACUUCCCAACAAACGCAGCAGCAACAAGAGCAGCAGCGUGAAGAAGAGAAGAGCUAUGGUUACCACUAUUAUAACUACCCAAGAGAAUAAUACAGUUAUUAUUGUCGAUCAAAUAAGUUUUAUAAUCUUUAGUAUGUUUUCAUUUUUCGGUUUUUAUUUCCUACCUUUGUUGCUAUUAGAGGCGAGAAAGUUGCACCAAAAUAUGAAUGAAGAGACAUAUGUGUAACGUUUUCGCCUUUUUUUUCUUUAUUGUUAGUAAGAUUUGGAUUUGUUGAUGUUCAGUGUUUUGACACAUGUCUUUCCAUGGAUCUUAAAUGGAUUCAGUACCAACCCUGAGGAGAAGCAUUACAAGCAAUCGUUUCCAGCCCUAAAAAAAUAUUUGAAAAAUUCAGCCGUUUUU